GACGCCGAGGCGCUUCCGGCGGCCGCGGGCGAGCAGGAGCCGCGGGAGCCCGACCCGGACGACGAGCCGGAGUUGCGGCCGAGCAGCAGAUCAUUGGUGAUUAUCAGUACGUUGGAUGGACGAAUCGCUGCAUUGGAUCCUGACAAUCAUGGUAGAAAACAAUGGGAUUUAGAUGUAGGAUCUGGCUCCCUGGUGUCAUCCAGCCUCAGCAAACCAGAGGUAUUUGGGAAUAAAAUGAUCAUUCCUUCCCUGGAUGGAGACCUCUUCCAGUGGGACCGAGAACGGGAAAGCAUGGAAGCAGUUCCUUUCACAGUGGAGUCUCUGCUUGAGUCUUCGUAUAAAUUUGGAGAUGAUGUUGUUUUGGUUGGAGGAAAGUCUCUUACCACGUAUGGGCUCAGUGCACACAGUGGAAAGGUGAAGUAUAUUUGUUCAUCCAUGGGCUGUCGCCGAUGGGAUGAUGAGGAGUUAGAGCAAGAAGACAUUCUCCUUCUGCAUCGAACGCAGAAAACGGUCCGGGCUGUUGGACCACGGAGCGGCCAUGAGAAGUGGAAUUUCAGUGUUGGCCACUUUGAACUGCGCUACGUUCCAGAGAUGGAAACUAGAGCCGGAUUUAUUGAAAGUAAUUUUAAAUCCAGUGUUAAAAAAGGAGAGUCUAAAAUCAUUUCAGAUGUGGAGGAACAGGAAGCUGCCCUGCAGGACACUGUGAUAAAGGUCUCCGUCACCGACUGGAAGGUUCUAGCCUUUAGCAAGAAGGGCGGACAUCUGGAGUGGGAGUAUCAGUUUUGCACUCCAAUUGCUUCGGCCUGGUUGGUUAAAGAUGGGAAAGUCAUUCCAAUUAGUCUGUUUGACGAUACAAGUUACUCAUCUGAAAGUGAAAUUCUAGAAGAUGAAGAAGACAUUGUGGAAGCUGCCCGAGGAGCCACUGAGAACAGUGUCUAUUUAGGGAUGUACAGAGGUCAGCUGUACCUGCAGUCAUCAGUCAGGAUUUCAGAAAAGUUUCCUACGAACCCAAAGGCUUUGGAAUCUGUCAAUAAUGAAAAUGCAAUUAUUCCUUUGCCCACAAUCAAAUGGAAGCCCUUAAUUCAUUCUCCUUCUAGGACUCCUGUCUUGGUGGGCUCUGAUGAAUUUGACAAAUGUCUUAGUAAUGACAAGUUUUCUCAUGAAGAAUAUAGUAAUGGUGCACUUUCCAUUUUGCAGUAUCCGUAUGAUAAUGGCUAUUAUUUACCAUACUACAAGAGAGACAGGAACAAACGGAGCACGCAGAUCACUGUGAGAUUUUUCGACAAUAUCAAUUAUAACAAAAAUACCCGGAAGAAGGACCCUGUCCUCCUUCUGCACUGGUGGAAAGAGAUAGUCGCGACCAUCCUGUUUUGCAUUAUAGCAACAACUUUUAUUGUGCGCCGGCUGUUCCACCCGAAUCCUCAUAGACAAAGGAAGGAAUCUGAAACUCAGUGUCAGACUGAUAAUAAGUAUGAGUCCGUAAGUGGUGAGGGGAGUGACAGUAGCUGGGCGGACUCCAAGUCCUCUGGAUAUACAUCAAGAUAUCUAACAGAUUUUGAACCAAUCCAGUGUAUGGGUCGUGGAGGAUUUGGAGUGGUCUUUGAAGCUAGAAACAAAGUUGAUGAUUGCAAUUAUGCCAUCAAAAGAAUCCGUCUUCCCAAUAGGGAAUUGGCCCGUGAGAAGGUGAUGCGAGAAGUGAAGGCUUUGGCCAAGCUUGAGCAUCCAGGAAUUGUGAGAUAUUUCAAUGCCUGGUUGGAAGCACCACCAGAAAAAUGGCAGGAGAAGAUGGACGAGCUUUGGCUGAAAGAUGAAAGCACUGACUGGCCUCUCAGCUCUCCCAGCCCAAUGGAUGCGCCGUCAGUUAAAAUACGCAGAAUGGAUCCGUUCUCCACAAAGGAACAUAUUGAAAUCAUAGCUCCUUCCCCUCAGAGGAGGAGGUCAUUCUCUGUAGAGGUUUCUUAUGGCCAGGAGAGUUCUGACAGUCACUUCUCUCCCCUGGAGUUUUCUGUUACUAGUAAUGGGGAUGUGAGCGGCUCAGGAGACCCUGUGGUGAACCUGCAGGACAGCUGCCUCACAGACUGCGGCGUCGAAGAUGACACGGUGGACGGCAAUGAUGAGGGCCAUUCCUUUGAAUUCUGUCCUUCCAAUGGCCUUCCUUACCGGAGGUCCAGGGAGAGAACCUCUUCUUCCAUUGUGUUUGAAGACUCUGGCUGUGAUAACACCCCCAGUAAGGACCUCAGGCCCGUGGCGUUGCACAACGGCACCUCGUGUGCAUGCAAGCUCUCCGGGCUUCAGCAGUCUGACUGGAAAUUUUCUUCUGAAAGCCCUUUGUCCAUUUCUCCUCCAAGACCGACAACCUUAAGUUUGGACCUCACUAAAAACACUGCUGAAAAACUCCAGCCAAGCUCACCAAAGGUGUAUCUUUAUAUUCAAAUGCAGCUUUGCAGAAAGGAGAAUCUCAAGGACUGGAUGAACCAAAGGUGUGCCCUGGAGGAGAGAGAGAGGGCCGUGUGUCUGCACAUCUUCCUGCAGAUAGCAGAGGCUGUGGAGUUUCUUCAUAGUAAAGGACUUAUGCAUAGAGACCUCAAGCCUUCCAAUAUAUUCUUUACGAUGGACGACGUGGUAAAGGUUGGCGACUUUGGGCUGGUGACUGCCAUGGACCAGGAUGAGGAAGAACAGACGGUUCUGACCCCGAUGCCCGAUUAUGCCAGGCAUACAGGACAAGUGGGGACCAAACUUUACAUGAGCCCAGAGCAGAUUUAUGGGAAUACUUAUUCCCAUAAAGUGGACAUCUUUUCUUUGGGCCUGAUCCUAUUUGAACUGCUAUACCCGUUCAGCACUCAGAUGGAGAGGGUCAAGACAUUAAGUGAUGUAAGGAAUCUCAAAUUUCCACCACUGUUUGCUCAGAAAUAUCCUCAAGAAUACACGAUGGUUCAACACAUGCUUUCUCCGUCUCCCACGGAGCGACCCGAGGCCACGGACAUCAUUGAAAAUCCUUUAUUUGAAGACUUGGAGCUCCCAGGGAAAACGGUGCUCAGGCAGAGGUCUCGCUCCCUGAGUUCAUCAGGAAUGAAGCAUUCAAGGCAACCCAGCAAGUAGUGGCACCAUGGCAGCCCAGCCGACCGUAACCCUACUGGGCCGGCCUGGCCCCAAAAGUCACAUCCCACCCGCUUCUUAGACUUGAAAAUCAUGUUCUCGGGCUGUUUAAAUUUGGCCUGUUCUGGGUAAGGCAGGUUUAAAUGGCCUUCUCAGGCAAGGCAUGAGAAUGUUGAUCAAUGUCUGUUCUUCAGACAGUCCCUGACCUUUUCUCCGGGGUCCCUUCCGCUUUAGUCCCUCCUCGCUGGCUGGCCACUUUCCACUUCUGAUGACCUUCACUCUUUCAUGUGUUGGGAUGUCUUUAAAGCCUGCCACCUGGGAAGAGAAAGAUUCCUAAAUGUAUAUAGAAUUAAGAUAUUUUUAUAGUACAGAAGAAGGUCUCCACAUGCCAUGAUUCUAUUCUAGAAAUUUACUCUUUGAGGACAUAAUGGUGAUUUUCAAAACUGGGAUCCCCAAAAGCAGACUCUCUUUUUGUCCUGGUUGGUCCAGUUAGGAAUCUGCACUAUUUACAGGGCAGGUAGCACAAUGGUAGAGAAGCCUCUGUCUAAAGCUAGUUUUCUAGGGGUAUCUGUGGUAUUAUAGUUCCAUAUCUUAGAUGGUCCUAAGCAAAGGUUAAAGGCAGUUUGUAUUUGCACUCCAGUAGAGGGAAAUGAAGCUUUUGAUGUAAAUUGGCCAUAGGCACUAGGGUUUUUUUGGAGGCAAAAAAAUCUUAGUAAGAAGUGAACAUAUAUUACAGCUAAUUCUUACAAUUAUGGAAAAUUUCCAGCCUAAUGAAAUCAUAUGUCUUAACAUAAUCUUGUAGAUUGGUACUUUUUGAAAUCUGAUUGUAGACUACUGCUUAAUUAUCUAACUUAUCUGCCUAAUAUGGUUUUUAUUUUUCACUGUAAAUAUGUUCAUUUUUAUUUAUAAAAAUGCUGAAUCAAUCCAUUUGGGUUGGUGGUGUACAGAACACACAUAAAAGUGUGUUAACUAUUGUGACUUCUUUCAAGUCUAAAUGAUUUAAUAAAACUUUUUUAUUUA